UUCACGUCCUGUUUUAUUAGUUCUCAGAGCCGUCAAUCAAAGAUCUGACCACGCCCCCUCUUGGCGUCACACGUCUUUCAAGUGACGUCAAAUUGUCUGCAGGUGUUGGAAAAGGCGCAGUAUUGGCGUAAGUGACGCUUAAAACGGAUUUUACGAUGGCUUCAGCUACAGAUAACCGUUAUGGACAAAAGGAGUCUUCCGACCAGAACUUUGAUUACAUGUUCAAAAUCCUGAUCAUCGGGAACAGCAGCGUUGGGAAGACAAGCUUUCUAUUUCGUUAUGCAGAUGACUCCUUCACCCCUGCAUUUGUAAGCACAGUGGGCAUCGACUUCAAGGUGAAGACCAUCUACAGGAACGACAAGAGGAUAAAGCUGCAGAUCUGGGACACAGCAGGACAGGAACGCUACAGAACCAUCACCACUGCCUACUACCGUGGAGCCAUGGGCUUCAUCCUCAUGUACGACAUCACCAACGAGGAGUCUUUCGCUGCAGUGCAAGACUGGUCCACACAGAUUAAGACGUACUCAUGGGAUAACGCUCAGGUGCUUCUAGUGGGCAACAAGUGUGACAUGGAGGAUGAGAGGGUGGUGGCCUCUGAGAGGGGCCGACAGCUAUCCGAGCAUCUCGGUUUUGAGUAUUUUGAGGCCAGUGCCAAGGACAACAUUAAUGUUAAACAAACCUUCGAGCGGCUGGUAGACAUAAUCUGUGAGAAGAUGUCAGAGAGCCUGGAUGCUGCUGAUCCUGCAGUGACGGGAGCCAAACAGGGGCCACAGCUCACGGAGCAGCCUGCCGCUCCGCACCAGGACUGCGCCUGCUGAAAAUCCCACAGCUCUUUCUGCACUGCCUUGCACCAACACACAAAAAACAAGUUUAGGUAUUUAAAAAGAACAAGAAACAUAAAACCUUCAGUUCUCCUUACUGCCUCUGGCCACACCCCCUCCUCUCUGAUGUCUUAUUUAACACCUCAAGCUUUUAUUCAACGUGCAAUCCAUUAAAUUUUAAAAGGAAAGCCAUAGCACCCUUUAAGGGUUUGAUUAGGCUUGAUUAAGCCCGUGUUAUGUUUUAAAGACUUAAUGAUUAGGUCUAAGUUUAAAUUUUAGGGGUGUGUUAUUAGGCCGUAGCACACAGAAUCAGUUAUUCUUUCAUUUUUACUUCAUAUUCUAUGAUUUUUUUUUUCUUGUACUCUUCCAUAUCCUUAUUUAUGAACAAAUAUAAAAAUAGAGGAAUGGGGAGAGAUUUCUGUAUAUUUAUUCCAAAAGUGUACAUAAUGAAUACAGUUCAGUAUUUAAAUGAUACAGUAAGAGAUACAUAUCGAAAAAAUUUAGUUUUUUUUGUUUUGAAAAUGACCAAUUCGGUCAAAUAUAAAGAAAGUUAUAGAAGUCAAUUAAUGCUGUUCUCAUGGUAAUUCUUUGCAGUGUGCAUCACCAACCUUGCUUAUUUGUAUCUGUGACAUUGUACCUUGUUCACUGCCUUGCCUCAUGUAAUUUCAGUCCCGGGACUGAAAGCCAGAUAUCAUACACAAACAUUCCUUAAUGUAAAUUUGCAUGGAAGGAAAUAAAGCCAUUUAGGCAAAUAGUGGUAGGAUUCCUUUCUAAAUGCUUCGUUAGGUCUAGUCCAGUAGUCAAAACCCGAGUCCGAUUUGCAGCCAUGUUAUUGCUUAUUUCAUUAUAGCAGCAGAGCCAUAAGCUCAACCUACUUGCUAUCAAUGCUACUCUUAUACGCUCUCAAAACUUUGAGAUUUGACUGAAAUUUUCCAAUGAAGACUUUCUAGACUGGCAUGUCCUAUGAAAGAUUUUAUGUGGCUCUGUGUAAUAAUACCAGGCCUGCAACUAUAAUGCAAAAUGACAAAAAGAAAACAAAAAAAAGAGUCCAUGACGAGUAUUAACGUUUACAUGUGUAAAACCCUCCCUGAUUAUUCCUGCAUCUUUCCUUUGCUAUUCUGUCUUCCUUUAGUGAAAACUUAAUGUAAAUACAUUUGAGUCUUUGGUUUUAUGUGUGAACUGUGUUGUAUCAAUUCUAGGCUUUAAAAAAAUCUAGGUGAUAUUAAGAAAAAACACAAAAAGAGGAUAUAAAGGGUGUUCUUUACCUGCUGUUGUGUAUGCCUGCUUGUGAAUGAAUGUCACUUUAUUACAGAGCAAUAUUGAAGAAAAUACCUUUUCAUGUGUUGCUGAUUAUUUAUCAUUCUGUUAACAUAAACAGAACAUUUUUGUAGGAUGUGAUGAAAAAGUGGUUUAAAUCCUAGUUGAAAAGUACUGUUGUAAACCAAAGCAGGCAGAUCUACCGUGGAGCUGGUUUGCUGAAAUUCAAAAGCUUGACUGUAUUUGUGGCAAAUGCUGUUCUUUCUUUAAAACUUCAAAUCAUGCUGAAAAAAAAAAAAAAAAAAAGUAUAAUGUAGAUAUCUGCUAAAAUCCAUGAGGCCCAGGACAAAUUGUUUGUAGGUUGGUCCCUCUCCUCUAGGUCCAAUGAGCAAACAGAUAGAGGAUCUUAGUGAGCCCCUCUCAAGGCCCUGGAAAUCAGAAAUGAGAAGAUAAUAUGAUUGAAUCUUUAUUAACAUCACAGCUCACCAUGUAAAGUAGUCGCUCCACGCUCAGAUCAGUUUAUCAUCACUAAGAGUUUCUCCAUUUCCUACAUUAUUAUACAGAUUUUUUUUUUUUUCAUGCUUUCCAUUGUAAUUUUUUUUCUGAUAAUCGGAGUGUAAUGUACAAGGGGAAAAAAACACUAAUAUGCAGUAGUAAAUGUACUGUACUUACAAUAAGGGGUUUGGUGUCAAAGUGUCCAGUGGUGAAAUUUACCAAAUCAACUGUCUAUGUUGUGAAAAUGAGUGAACUUAUAAAAAUAAAGGUUUGUGCUGUUUACUUCA